AUGAGGGAUCUGCAUCAAGAGGAUUACAGAGCAGAGUCUCCAGGAUCCAGCUGUCUAUCUAUGAAGAGUGACUGGUCCAAAGCUCAGCCUCCAGUGUUCAACACUGAACCUAGACCCUCAGACACUAAAGAGAAGAGUUAUGUUAGUGUGGAGGAGGAGCUAUCCUACUGUGCUUUGUGUCAGGACAUCCUGAAGGAUCCAGUCUCUACCAAUUGUAGACACUGGUUCUGCAGACAAGGGAGAGACUCCUUGUGUCCACAGUUUGGAUGCAGGUCCAGACUGCAGACCGCCAGUCAGAGAGGUUGUGCUCAAAAUGUUGGUCUGCAGGAGGUUUUAGAUGAACAUAAGAUCAGUCUAAGGAGGAGAUGUGAACAUGUGACUGAAGGAAGUGAUGAAACAGGAAGUGGGACUCUGCUCAACAGGAUCUACACUGAACUUUACAUCACAGAGGAACAGAGUGAAGAAGUUCAUAGCCAACAUGAGGUGAGGCAGCUGGAGACAGCUUCCAAGACCAUCAAUGACACUCCAAUCAGGUGCCAGGACAUCUUUAAAGCUUUGGCUGACCAACAGAGACCCAUUAGAGUUGUUCUAACAAAUGGCAUUGCCGGCAUUGGAAAAACCUUCUCAGUACAGAAGUUCACUCUGGACUGGGCAGAAGGUUUGGAGAACCAACAUAUCAUUGUGGUGAUUCUGCUUUCAUUCAGGGAGCUGAACCUGAUCAGAGAUGAGCAGUACAGUCUUCUAGAGCUGCUCCAUGUUUUCCAUCCAGCAUUACAGAAGGUCACAGCAGAGAAGCUCGCAGUCUGUAAACUUUUGUUCAUCUUUGACGGCCUGGAUGAAAGCAGACUUUCAUUGGAUUUCACCAACAGGAAGCUCGUGUCUAAUGUCACACAGAAGUCAUCAGUCAGCGAGCUGCUGACAAACCUCAUCGAGGGGAAUCUGCUUCCCUUGGCUCUCGUCUGGAUAACUUCCCGACCUGCAGCUUCCAGUCAGAUCCCUCCUAUAUGUGUUGACAGGGUAACAGAAGUACGAGGCUUCACUGACGCCCAGAAGGAGGAGUACUUCAUGAGCAGAUUCAGUGAUGAAGAGCUGUCCAGCAGAAUCAUCUCCCACAUGAAGACAUCCAGGAGCCUCCACAUCAUGUGUAGAAUCCCAGUCUUCUGCUGGAUCACUGCUACGGUUCUGGAGCACAUGUUGACUACAGAGGAGAGAGGAGAGCUGCCCAAGACCCUGACUGACAUGUACUCACACUUCCUGCUCGUUCAGACAAAGAGAAAGAAGCACAAAUACCAUGAGGGACAUGAGACGAGUCCACAGGAGCUGAUGCAGGCUGACAGGGAAGUUCUCCUGAAGCUGGGGAGGCUGGCCUUUGAACAUCUGGAGAAAGGAAACAUCCUAUUUUACCAAGAAGACCUGGAGCAGUGUGGUCUGGAUGUCACAGAGGCCUUAGUGUACUCAGGAGUUUGUACAGAGAUCUUCAAAAGAGAGUGUGUGAUCUUCCAGAAACCAGUCUACUGCUUUGUUCAUCUGAGCAUCCAGGAGUUUCUGGCUGCUGUCUAUAUGUUCCACUGUUACAGCAACAGGAAGGAAGAGGUGCUGGAGAAGUUUCUGAGAAAUGAUUUUCCAGAUUUAUUUACUGAUGAUUUUGAUGAUGGUAUGGCCAUCUAUUUUCAAGAGGACUUUCUUUCCACUGUCAUGCAGAAAUCUCUCCAAAGUACGAAUGGCCAACUGGAUCUAUUUGUCCGCUUUCUUCAUGGCCUGUCACUAGACUACAACCAGAGACUCUUAGGAGGUCUGCUCAAUAAGAUGGAGUACAGUCCAGAAAUCAUCCAGAGAGUCAUCAAUAAUCUGAAGAAGAUGAAGAGUGAUAAAAUCUCUCCUGAUAGAAGUAUCAACAUCUUUCAUUGUUUGAUGGAGAUGAAUGACUUCUCAGUACAUCAGGAGAUCCAAGAGUUCCUGAAGUCAGAAAACAGAUCAAAGAAGGAACUAUCUGACAUUCAUUGCUCAGCUCUGGCCUACAUGCUCCAGAUGUCAGAGGAGGUUCUGGAUGACCUGGACCUGAAUAAGUAUAAUACAUCAGAGGAGGGACAACGAAGACUUAUUCCAGCUGUAAGAAACUGCAGAAAGGCACGGCUUUCUAGCUGUGAACUCUCAGAAAGUCACUGUGAAAUUGUCGCAUCAGCUCUGAAGUCCAGUCCCUCCCAUCUAACAGAGCUGGACCUGAGUGGAGCCAAACUCCCUGAUUCAGCUUUGAAGCAGCUGUUUACUGGUCUAGAGAGUGCAAACUGUAGGCUGGAGACUCUAAGUUUAUGGGAUUGCAGUUUGUCAGACAUCAGCUGUGCUGCUCUGGUGUCUGCCCUCAAGUCCAACCCCUCCCAUCUGAAAUAUUUGGACUUGAGUCUCAACAAGCUGCAAGAUUCAGGAGUGAAACACCUAUGUGAUUUUCUUCAGAGUCCACACUGCAGAUUGGAGACUCUGAGAUUGUAUCGUUGCGGUUUGUCAGUGAUCAGCUGUGCUGCUCUGGUCUCUGCUCUCAAGUCCAACCCCUCUCAUAUGAAACAUCUUGACCUGAGCUACAACAAGUUGCAGAAUUCAGAUGUGCAGCAGCUGUUUGAGCUUCUGAAGAGUCCACAGUGUAGACUGGAUCUUAGGAUCUGA